AUGGCCAACAGUUGCCAGAUACUUUACCUUGGUGUCAGACGAUCUCGCUUGAUUGAAAAAUACAAGUUCUACUUCUCCUCGCUCCUGCAAGUCGAGGAGACCGCUAUUGGCUCUCCACCACAUCCCAUUGAGGAUUUUUCGGCAGGAUCUCCGCCACCACCCACCCCUGAGGAUACCCCAGCGCUACCUCCGACUGCCAUGCCCGUCGAGCCAGCCCCAGCGCUGCUCCCAUCCAUGCCAACACGAGUCGACUUCCUUCCUGAGCUGUUGUCCGAAAUUGCCACGCAUCUCCGGACGAAGGAUCUCGUCCACGCGUCGGGAGUGUCCUGGGACUGGAGGGCUGCGAUGAUGCCAUUUGUCUGGACGUCAAUCACACACCGCAAAUGGGGAUGUCCACAGUUCCGACGCCUGGGUGGUCUUGUCCGCCAAGAGAAAUUCGACGAACUUCGUGCUCUCCUGCACCGCGUCGUUGAGGUAGAGUGGGGGGACGACGACGACUCUGGACUUUCGUACUCCGAGCUGGUGGGCCAUCUCGAGUUGGACUUGAUCGGGUUUGAGGUAGAGGCAGAGGCAGAGAGUGCGGAGGACGGAGAGAUAGAUGAGAGUGAGGAAGAAGGCGAGUUGCAGGAAGUGGAAGAAAGGGAACCAGUUCCAUUGAGUGACCUGUUUAGCAGGUUUGGUCAACUUGAGGGGCUCGGACUUGCGGGGUGGUGGUAUGCGCCAUAUCACCACCAGGCAGCAAUCGUGGAGGUUGCUGGCCAAGCGCAACAAGAAGAGGCGGUCCAGCCUCAAUGGGCUAUCAAAAAUCUUCGGAUUCCACGGAGUGAACUUGGGCUCCUCCGACACUGUCCUCACCUCCAAAAGCUGGUCCUGACCGCAAAGCCAACGGAUAUCCAGGAGACGGCCAUGGGGCCAAUUCUCAGCUGCAGGCAGCUUGAAGAGUUGGUGUUCGAGAGACCUCUCUCAUUCAGGAUAUCCGACAUGGUCAAUAUGCAUGACCGGUUGGACUUCCUUACAGCUAUAAGCAUUACGUUGGAGAGCGUAAGCGAGUUCGACCGGUUGUGGGCAUUGCAGUUCAGGACGUUCGCGCCUCAAUUGAGGUCGUUCAAGCUGGAGGUGCAGAGAGAACAUGAAGGCCAAGAGAACAUUCUGACUUGGCAGAACACCUUGCGCUUGAAUGCAAUCCUCUUUUGGCACAGAGAGGUGAGGACACUUAUUCUUAAGGGAUUCGCUGUCCAGCCUCGAGACUUUUUCCGAGAGGUUGAAGAAGGAGGGGUCACAUCCUACAGCAACCCAGCGCCACAGGUCGAGGAGCUCUGGAUUGAGAUUGGCAUCGACCCCUUCUUCAUCACCACUAAUCAGGACCGCCAACGGAUUUGGCAAGCUAUAUACGAGCAGCUUGGCCAAAUGCGGUACCUUCGCUCUCUCACAGUCAAAAGUCUUGACUUGGAUCAUUCUGCCUUGGCUGGAUUUGGACGUUUGAACCAACUCGUUGACCUCAGGCACCUCGGACUCUCCGCAGGUGGACAAGCAUGGACCUUUGACGGGCUUUACAGCGUCGUGGGGGUAUUGCCUUGGUUGACGUCCCUGGAUCUCCAAGCAUUGCAGGAUAUUGACAAAGUCAAUGUUCAUCAAUGGUUGGCAGAACUGGGUCGACCAGACCUCCGGCUCUGA